AUGGCCAGGGGUAACCAAAGAGACUUGGCACGAGCAAAGAACUUGAAAAAGCAGCAAGAUGCUGCCAAAGCCCUGAAAAAGGAAGGAGACCCAAAAAAGAGAAUGGAGUCCGACGCAGAGAAAAUGAGACAGAAGCAAGCCUUGGGUAUGUGGUCUUGA